GGCGGAGCAAUCUGCAAAACGACAAAGGGAAGAGGAGACGUCGCUGGCGGCUGACAGAACUCGUUUCGGGGACGCAUGUUGUAAUAUGGUCGAAACAAAAGCGUGAGGAGCGAUAGGCCUGUCCUUCUCCUCUAAAAUAGACCGACAGCUACACUUAAAAAAGCGGCGUCGCUUCCCGCUGUAACUUGUUAGUGGAUUAAUAGGCUGCUCGCGUGGGAAAUGGAGAAGAAAAGGUGGGAUUGCACUGCUCUCCCCAAGGGCUGGAAAAUGGAAGAAGUGACCAGAAAGUCGGGUUUGUCCGCUGGAAAAAGCGAUGUCUAUUAUUUUAGUCCGUCUGGGAAGAAGUUUCGGAGCAAGCCUCAGCUGGCCCGUUACCUUGGCAACCAGAUGGACCUCAGCUCCUUCGACUUCCGCACGGGGAAGAUGCUCAUGAGCAAGCUGAACAAGAACCGCCAGAGGCUGCGAUACGACAACAACAACCAGAACAAGGGAAAACCUGACUUGAACACAUCACUGCCAGUCAGACAGACGGCCUCCAUCUUUAAGCAACCUGUUACCAAGGUUACCAACCAUCCCAACAACAAAGUGAAGACGGACCCUCAGAAAGCCGUUGAACAGCCCAGACAGCUCUUCUGGGAGAAGAAACUCGGCGGUCUUAAUGCUUAUGACAUCGCAGAGGAGCUGGUGAAAACAAUGGAACUGCCUAAAGGCCUGCAAGGGGUUGGUCCCGGCUGCUCAGAUAAGACUCUAUUGUCGGCCAUUGCGAGCGCGCUUCACACCAGCGCCGCUCCCAUCACCGGCCAGCUGUCUGCAGCUGUAGAGAAGAACCCGGGAGUGUGGCUCAACACGGCACAGCCGCUAUGCAAGGCUUUUAUUGUCACCGAUGAGGACAUCAGGAAACAGGAGGAGCUGGUGUACAGCGUGAGGAAAAGGCUGGAGGAGGCGCUGAUGGCUGAUAUGAUGGCCCACGUCGAGGAGUCUGCUAACGAGGGGGAGUCUCUGAAGGAUGAGGGCAACAGCAGCGAGGACAUGGAGAGCGUAUAGCACAGGGUUUUGUAAAGCCUGGUUCGGUUCAUUCAACGGCUCUACAUACAUACACACACACACACACACACACACACACACACACACACACACACACACACGACAAUGAAGAGUAGGAGCCCUUCACCAGUCCAGCCAUGAAGACCCCUGCCCUUGUACCAACUUAAACCUGAUUCCCUCCAGAACAGCCUAAAGAACUGAGUCUCUAAUGCGCCCAUUCAUCAUUAACUCCUCUGGAUGGGAUUCGCUGACUUCAACGGCCAUGAAAAUAUCCUCAAUGCUUCUUUUUUAAAUUGACUUCCGCUGAACUGGCAAAUAUUCUUAACUUAUCUACAGUGUCAAAUUCCAUUUUUGAUGAUCAUGUGCAUACUUCUUAGUAGAAAGCUUUGAGAGGGUUUGUAGUUUUUGCGACAAUCAGGUCAUAUCCAAACAUUUUAUGUCAGCAAAGGGUUCAUUUGGGUGUUUAUGCUUCUUUUCUGGGCAGAUUUGAAAUGACUGUUUUGUAUUCUUGGCUCGUCUCCCUCUUAAUUUCCAUGAUGCACUUCAUGCAUAGUUCAAUAAGACGCACAGAGAGAGCCCUCUUUUCGAGGGUUUGAGUUCACUUGAAUCAGCUUCAGGGCCAAACUGCAGAUGUACUUUGAAGCUUGUGUUCAUCCGGCAGAGGGGACAGUCAACUUUUAUAUUGUUACCUCAAAGAAAGGUCACCGUGUGAGUCACGUUCAGUACUGACCAAAUAGGAAGCGCGUCAUUUUUGAGAAGCGUUGAGGUCUUUGACUUUUGUCUGUAUUUGAAAUCAUGAUGAGCACAAUAGAGAAGAAAUGACUUGAAACCUCUUUCUGUAGUACAGCUGUUACUGUUUUUAACUCAUCAUCAUGUAUAAAUAUAUAUAUAUAUAUACGUAGGUGCUGAGUGAUGUUGGUAAACACUGCUGUUAGGUGCCAAGGCUUUGUUUCUGUGUGUCAACAUUACCACACACACGUGCUGCCUCCUCGAAAAACACAUGCGCAAAUUUGGUGACAGCAAAUGACAGAUUAUAGUUUUAAUGUCUUUUCAUUUAUUAUCAGAGUAAUAAUAGUUUAUUUUAUUCUGUCUCCCUGUAUGUCAAAGCUUGAUGGUGAAUAAUUUGAUUCACGUUAUUAAAAAUUCCCUUUUCGAUAUCAGCAGGCUGAUUGCUGAAAUGAAUUUGAUUGUAUUACUUAUUAAAAUGAGUCAGUAUGUCCGUAAA